GAGAGGAGCAAUUGCUGGGAGAGCUCGGGAGCGCGUGGACUUCGGGCAGGACUUCGCCGGCGGGGGAGGGAAGGAGGGAGGGAAAGCAGCGGCAGCCUCCUACAACAUCAAGCCGGCUUUUUAUUUUUAUUUUUUUUCCCCUUUGCUUUUUCAAAAAAGAAAAAAAAACACCCUUUGGCUGAAAGCUGCUUUGUUUUAUUCUCCUUUGCUCCCCUUUCUCUCGCAUCCUGCCAAACAAAGGAAGCAGAAGGAAUUCCGAAUUGCGGGAGACAUGCGUUCCAUCAGGAAGAGGUGGACUAUCUGCACGAUAAGUAUCCUCCUGAUCUUUUACAAGACAAAGGAGAUUGCAAGAACCGAGGGGCACCCGGAGGCGCAACCCAGCGGAGAUGGUGAGCAAAGUUUAAGUAGAUCAAUGGUCAAUAGCUCCGAUAAAAUAAGCCGGAAGAGUGGCUCUUCAGUGUUCCAGCAUUCUGUAGAAAGAUGGAAAAUCAAUUCCUCCUUGGUGCUGGAAAUAAGGAAGAAUAUUCUUCGAUUCUUGGAUGCCGAAAGGGACAUCUCGGUCGUCAAAAGCAGUUUCAAACCUGGAGAUGUAAUCCACUAUGUGCUAGACAGACGCCGUACACUAAAUAUUUCUCAGGAUUUGCAUCGCCUCCUUCCUGAAGUUUCUCCAAUGAAGAACCGUCGAUUUAAGACAUGUGCUGUUGUAGGAAAUUCUGGCAUCCUUCUGGAUAGCGGGUGUGGAAAAGAGAUUGACAGCCAUGAGUUUGUUAUAAGGUGCAAUCUAGCUCCUGUGGUGGAGUUUGCUGCAGACGUGGGAACUAAAUCAGAUUUUAUUACCAUGAACCCAUCAGUUGUACAAAGAGCAUUUGGAGGCUUUCGGAAUGAGAGUGACAGAGAAAAAUUUGUGCAUAGACUAUCUAUGCUGAAUGACAGUGUCCUUUGGAUCCCUGCUUUCAUGGUCAAAGGCGGAGAGAAGCAUGUGGAGUGGGUUAAUGCAUUAAUCCUUAAGAAUAAAUUGAAAGUGCGAACUGCCUAUCCAUCACUGAGACUUAUUCAUGCUGUCAGAGGUUACUGGCUAACCAACAAAGUUUACAUCAAGCGACCCAGCACUGGACUCCUUAUGUAUACCCUCGCAACGAGGUUCUGUGAUGAAAUUCACCUUUAUGGAUUCUGGCCCUUCCCAAAGGAUAUAAAUGGAAAACCAGUCAAAUAUCAUUAUUAUGAUGACUUAAAGUACAGAUACUUUUCAAACGCCAGUCCCCAUAGGAUGCCAUUAGAGUUUAAAACACUGAACAUGUUACAUAAUAGAGGAGCACUUAAACUGAUGACAGGGAAAUGUAUACAGCAAUAAUGCACAUGUCAAGUAUCAAGAGAAUACAGGAAAUUCAGAUUUUAUAGAACAGCAGUGGGAUCCAAGCAGUGGAUAUAGCCCAAUGCACUGAACCAAGCCAUCAGAACAUAAGGAAGUGCAUCAAAUCUCUAUUACCAGCUGUUGUUUUACCUGUUGAAGUGCUAAAUUUUGAGUGCAAUGAUUCAAGUAAGUGCCACUUUUGCUAAGAACAAAUCUUGAAUGUAUACAAUCAGUAGUGUUUACAAGAUCCAACAUUCAUCACUUGUUAAAGAAGCAAAUGAUUUGCUCACUGCUCAUUUGCCUCCACACAAAGUCAGGCAACGUCCAAAGGAAUACCCAGGCAUUGAAAUGAAACGAAGUGAAGUCGAGGUGGAAUUUGGAGAGCAGUGGAUCAUAUCUCAAAGAUCAAACAAAACACCUUGAUCGGAGGAAUGCCUAACUUUGUAUUAUAACCUCUUCCUCUUUUUCUUUCCUGUUUUUUCAGAUUGUCAUGCAUUUAUCAUAGUAUUUGGGUAUUGGAACUCUGUAAGGGAUUUUAAAAAGACAAUAAUAUGAACAUUCUAAGUGAACUUCAAGAAGUGGUCUUAGAAGAAUGUCUUAUUAAAGAAAAAAACCAAUCUGAACGUUAAAUCAAUAUUGUAUCAUCUUGUUCAGCUUAACCUUAGUUAAAGUUAAAACUGGCUCUAUGGGCAGGCUCGUUGAUGCUGUAGUAUGCAGAACCAUUCCCCUGGUUUUACAAGCCACAGAAGGUACCCUACGCUAGCCUUAACCACUAACAGGAAGAUGUGAUGCUGGCAAGAAUGAUACUUAAUUAUAAAUCCUCCUCUUAGACAAAGUGGACGGUAGAAAAGUCCGCUCAGAGAGACUGUUUUGAGCAGUAUUAAAAAAAAAAGUAUAAUUUGAGUAUUAAGGUUAGAAUUUCCCAGUUGCUUUUUGUGCCUCGCAGGGUCACCAUAUCAGUGAGAUGUGCAGCAUAAAAAAUUAAUAAUAAUAAUAAAAAAUGUGCUUCUAUUGGAGGGAUUGAUAAAUACACGUUCAAAUGAAAAACAUUCUUCCUGGUUUGUUCUGUUUCAAAGAAAAAGCAGUUGCGAGAUCCUGAUCCAGAUGGCGUGUUUCAUUUUGGGGCUCAUGCAUCUAUUCUCAAUUAUUAUUUGCCUCAAACAGCAGCAACCCAAGGAAAGAUUUUCAAACAGAGGUUGGUUUAUACCCUGAAAUCCGAGAGGGAACAUGUUCUGGCUCAGGGCUUCAUACAGCUUUGACUUCAAACUGUCAUUUUGAAAACAACUAUUUUAAGCAUGUUUUUAAAGCACAUUCAUGAUAAUAAAUCAUACGGUUAAGGUCAGGAGUAUUGGGGGAGGAUGACAAAGGGUAAGGUUUUGAUUGUGUGGCUGCAGCCACAAUAUUGACAUUUUUUGGACUGUCACCGCUUCCUCCCAUGGCCUCUAAUAGAAGACAAGUUAAAUGGAGAAGAAAUCCAUGUAGUUUGGCCCUGUGGCAUAAAUUAAUCAUCCUCAAAGCAUUUCAUAUUUUGAGCAGUUAUUAAAGCAAGGUUGUUUCCUUGUAUGGCAUAUGAAAAGAAUACCAUUUACAAGCAGGUGCCCUUACAUUUGGUACCAAAGAUUAUGCUGAUUUUUGUAAUUGAUGUAUUUAUUUACCUAGUAUUGACAAAAACAUGUACAUUUAGUGCUAUCACUGUGUUGCUGUACUGCUAAGGAAACUGUUUUAAAUCAUCUCUGUUUCCGUUAACUUAGUAGUUAGAUUCUGUUUGAAUGACAAAUUCCUUAACUUGUCUUGGUUCUGUUUUUGAAUAUUUUAUUGAAUAUUGAAUAUUUUAUAAACAGAGCAAAACGGAUUCUUCUCCCUUCUUAAUUAGAAUGUGCCCAUAACUUUCAUUACUCAAAAUAGGAUAAUAGAAAUAAUGAAAAGUACAUUAAUAUUUAUUUCAGAUUCUGUACUGGCAGUUUUCCCCAUUAUUUUUAGUUUCUUUACAAUAUAUUCACUAUAGUGCUGGACAAUAUCCCUGUUUUUCUUGACCUAACAAUAUUCUGAUAAAUAGUAAAUGAAAAACCUCACUGCUGAGUUACUUUGCCUUUCUGCUUUUUAGAAGCUUCCUUUUCUACUACAAUUUUGAAGAAUUCUAUUGUUGCACUUUGCUUCGAAAGGUUUUCUAAAGAAUGAUUUAACGGAAGCACUAGCGUCAAGCAGGGUUGUACACAGAAUAGCUGCAAACCUUAGUAUUUGAAGCACAUUUAAUGACUGGUGUUAAAAUUGCUACAGGGUGAACAGAGUAUUUAUUUCUUUGUGUUCUCAUUUAUCUCCAAUUUCUAAAUAAGAGCAAAAGAAGAAAACCGCUGAAAAGCAAACACAGAAUACACUUUAAUUGGAUCUUAUGAAAUAGAACAUAUAAGGAAGAAUGGGCUGUGGAUGUCAUUUUCUCACCAAUGGAAAAAUCUUGAGCUACGACAACCUUCCAGGUCUUAAAUUCUAUUCUCACACUUUUCCUUUCUACUUACCUAUUUGUGCCUACAUACAUACUUACAUAAUGAUCACGGGGCUGCUAAACCAUCUAUUUCAUGGUUUGACUUCAAUUCUGACUUAAAACCUACAUUAAAAUCAGCUAUUCAUCUCUUCCACUUGCCAACGCAUCACUAUCAAAAGACUAUAAGAGAAACUUUGGUGGAUCAUACUAAUAUUCUGCCUAAUCCAGCAGCCUGUUUUUCCUAAUAAUGUCUUUGGAAAGCUCACUGACAUAUGUCCUCUCUGAUAACUUGCUGUUCUUUCUCUUCUUUUUGAUUAAGGCAAGGAUGAAGUUAUUUAAGCUUAAUAAAGUGGAUGGGAAAUGGUAAACAAUUUACAACAAUAUGUUUGGUGUUACUAAGCUUGAAUAGCAAGCUUCUGAGAAAUUUAUACAUGCCAAUACUAAGAAUUUAGCUGCUGUUUCUUUUUCCCUCGAAAAAGUAUUUGAUUCCUGCAGUAUUAUUUAUAACUGGUAGCUAUUUUCUUUUUCUUGUUCUAAAAAAAUUUUUUUUUUUUGAAGUAACCAAACAAACCAAAUUUGUUGAAGUAACUUCUUGUCUACUCAACCAGCACAAGGUUUUAUUUUGAUGAGGCAUUAAAGCUAGCAAAUUAUACUCUUUCUUGUUCCCUCAGUAAAUAAGAUUGAUCUUCCUAACAAAAGAAGUUUAAUUUGUAUUUAUGGUUAUUUAUAAGCUCGCUUGUUCGCAAUACAGUGAACAUUAAAUACAUUAAAAUAAUUCAACAAGAAGAAUCGAUUGUUGUAAGAUUUUUCUUUUUAGUUUAUAAAAAGGUAAAAGGAUAUAUUUUGCAGGCUGCAGUACUCAUUUUAUUAAGAAUGAUGCAUGCAUUUUUUUAAAAAAAUUGACAGAAUAGACUAUACAUUUUAAAACUUACAGGCAACCAUCUUACGGAUGUUAAGACUAGUGCCUUUGUAAUCAACUUACUUUAUCUUGAAUCUUAAUACUCACUUAUCACUAGUUUGUAUUAUUCUUUCUUUACCCAAGCUAUUUCAAUAUGUCCAUUAUAAAGAAAGGGCUAAAAAUAUUGAUUAAAACCCCUUUUAUGUUUUUCAUCUCAGGGAAAUUUAAUUUUUCAAAAUCAAAAUAGAAGAAAGUUAGAAUUAAAAAAAAUUAAUAUAUAUUGAUAUAUUACAUUAUUUUAAAAAAUCAACUGUUUUUCACUAUAAAACAUUAAAAUCCUUUGUGUAAAAUAAGCCUCAUUGAAGACAGUAAAUACAUGGAUAGAUUUGGACUAUAAAAGAACAAAACAAUAACUUAGAAUAAAAGCUUCUAAGUUAAAAAUAAUUAAAAGUGAUUGAAACUAUCAGAAAGUUUCUUAAAACCAUAAUACCUUCAGAGCCUUAUACGCAUUUCCUCUACUAUGUUUGAAAUUAUUUGCAAAUAAGUUGACAUCUCUUCUUUAUAGACAGUGUCAACUUGUUCACCUUCCUCUCUUAUUUUAUAUAUGAUAAAUUCAACUCGUAGAACUGCCUUGCCUCUUCUUGAUUGUCAGAUUCUGCAGCUCUUGAGGAAAAGCUGCCUGAUGUUUUUGUCCUGGGUUUUGUUUUUUAUAUGAAUUGAAAUGAAGAUUGCCUUGAAAUUUCUAUUAUUUCUUUAAAUGCAACUCCUACAGCAAGUUUUUCCUUUAUGCAGACCUACAUUGUCAGUGAUAGCUUUUGAGAAGAGCCACCACUUAAAAUCUGGAAUUGGAGAUGCAUGCCUGCAGGCACCAUAAAAUAUGGAGACAUCAAAGACAUCAAAUUUUUGAUAUAAAAUUAAAGACUUUAAAACUAUUGUAAUAAAACAAUAAAAACAAAGACUGUCAAGCUCAUGUGGUAUUGAUAUUGUUAAUGGGACAAUCUUCUGUGAUUUCAAUAAUUUUUAAUUGAGAAUAUUUGACUAGAGCGCAGGUAGAAGAAAAGGUAAUCAGAAAAUAUACAGGAAGAUUUUGGCCAUAUAUUGAAAUAAUAGGUGACAUCUUUUCAGAUCCUUGUGAAGAAUAAAUUCAAGUUUCUCUUCAUUUUUGCUCUUUUCCAUACCAUGUUUUACUGCCAGGAUUUUGGACGAAUAGACUAAUAUUUUUCCAUUAUUAUUGCCCAGCACUAUCUCCAACAGAUAUCCAGGUGCAAAAUUAGAUCACUUGAUACAAAAUCUACAAAGAAACCUUAAACUAUGAAAUUAGAAAGGGAAUUUGUGUUCAUUCAAGAAUGUUUUUCCUAUGAAUGUAAAUCAUAAAUCAAUGUUUAUAAAUUGGGGGUUCUGUUAGGAACUCUAUAGUUUUUGAGGUUAGCGAUGAUAAAUGUACAAUGAAAUCUCAUUUAAAUGGAGUAAUAGGAAUUGGGAGUUAUUAAGAAAUAUCCAUUAAGUUAAGAGAUUUCUCAUAGACCAUUAUGUAAAUGAUGAAAAGUAUAUCAUUUGUGUCAAUUUAUAUUAUUUGCAUAAUGAUUACUAUUAUGCAAAUGAUGUUAAUGUGAAAAGUUCCUCCAUUCCAUGUAAAAACUAUUUCAUCAAGAUCCAGUUAAUUACAGUUUUUCUGUUCUUAUUUUUUUUCCCCUUGGAAUAUUCUCCCUCUCUUAUUCUGUUAACUAAAAGAUAAAAUCUUUUCAACGUUUCCUUUAGUUUGUGGUCUAUCUGAUAUAUCUCUAUUUUAUAUCAUCCAAAAAAAAGUUUUACAAAAUUAAAGACAAUUAGUUGAAUCUAGAUUAGGUCAUGCUUACUUGAAAUUGAUGCAUUAAAAGCAAUAGAAGGCAGGAUAAGCUUGAUUCACAAUUUGCACAAUUAUUGCAAAUUUGGUCAACUUACAUUUUCCAAACAUAUAGGCUGAUUAAAAUUCAUGUCUAUUACAGUUUCCAUACAUUUUUAUGAAGCCGCUUGGAAAAAAAAUGUUAAGAAAAUAUAUGCUAGAGAUAUAAGACACUGUAUAAUCUCUAUAUUGGAUAAGUUCACCAUAUUGGUACAACUGAGAAGAAAAUACAUGAAUUAUUUGUAAAAAUGCGUAUAUUACAAAAGGUGUGGCUAAAUAUAGUAGAAAAUUUUGCAAGGAAAUGUGUAGCAAUUUUCAUACUUUAGAAAAUUCAGAAACUGGUGCAAGAAAUAAAAUAAGGUAAUAAAAAUGAGUAAUUUGAUAACAUUUUAUAUUUGUUGAUUUAAAAUAGCAAUGUAUAGAAACCGGAAAAUAUUUCAGUGUUGGUUAAGUUAAUUUCUAAACAUUUUUGCAUCAGUUUCUGAAUUUUUAAAUGAAUAAAAUAUUGUCCAAAAUUCAUGCUUUUCCAUAUCAUAUAUUCCUUGUAUAUUAAAUGCUCUCUUUUUUCACAAAUAAUUUCUCCAUAUGGGUUUCUGAAUAAUUAUAUUUUGUAUGUCAUGUUCAAUUGCAUAUUAUCUUGAAAAAUUCUAAAAACACCAGGUACAAUACAGAUAUAUUCUAUUUUAUGUUUUAACCUUUAAGGUUAUUCACUGAGAAGCUUAUAUAAUUCUAGUCAAACACAUUUCUCCUUCAUUCCUAGCUAUAAUUAAUGAAUACAUUCAUUUUUUUCUAAGCAUGUCUUAAUCAUUAACUUAGCCAAAGGUAUUUGUGAGGUGUGCAGUUUAAACUGAAAUGAUAGUGUUUUACAGAUAGUUUUCAAUUUGCAGAUAUGACACAUAAACACUCAAAUUCUUGUUAGCAUUUCUUAAACUGGGCACUGUGACUGUUGCCAGUUGAAAUUACCAUUGAAUUUACCAAAUAUAAAAGUUGUGUAACUAUGUUGGAAACCAAGGAUUAGGUUGUAGUCCAGUGAAUGGUCAUCUAUUAAGAAAAAUGAAAACCUAACAGGGUUUGAGGAGGAAUUUUUUUGCAUUCAGUACAUAAGUUUAUUGUCCUCCCUGAGACAUAUCACUCUUAUCUUGAUGUGAAGUGCCUCAGAGAGUGAGUAUAUCUAUUCCCAUCUAAAAUAUAGCAGUAAGCUUGCUCUAAAUGGACUUGAUCAGCACCUAAUGGAAAGACUGCCAUUUUUGCCAAAUGAACUACUCUGGCACUUUGAAGGAAAGGAGAUUCACUAGAAUCUUUACUGAAGGAAACUACCUUUUCAAAGAUUUACACAGCAUUCAGUAUACCUUUCAACCUCUCACAGGAACAAUUCCGUCUACUCCCUCUUUGGUUUUGUGCAAAGGAAGUCAGCCAAUGGGAUAGGAGUUUAAAAUACAAAUCACCCCAAAAAAUGUGAUUAUAACUGAAGGUAUGUCUCAAGGCUCCAAAUGCCAUCAUAAAGUUACAGGGAAAACAAGCACCUCUUGUUUCUCCAAUGGGAAUGAAAGGGUCCAUGCCACACUGGAGCUGUGCAAUUUUAUAUGCUUUUUUCUUCCCUGUCCUCAUCAUUUCAUCCUAUGAAAAAGAGCACUGUUGUCCUAAAUCUGCAAAAGCACAAUUGUUUUAACUGUAUAUAUUAGAGGAAGGAUAUUUGCAAAAUGCCUUCCUAAACAGUACUACUGCUAUUAAACUUACAGGUCUCAUUUGUGUGCACUGUUGAGAUGUAUUCUGUCAGGAUCAUCUUGUUUAAUGCAGUUUAAUAUUAUUUUGUGUAUAGGAGUUGCUGUUCAAUUCUUUGUUACUUGUACUUGUAAAAUAAAGUCAAUUUCUUUCCUU